GUAGCAUGAAUAUUUUUAUUUUCCAUUCGAGUUGACAUGUUGAACCUUACCGAUUGUUUCCCUACAUCUGAAGAUAUCAUGCCGCCAAAGAACAGCAGGGGAAAGGGAGACGUCUCCGAGAGGUCAUACAGAUACACCUAGAAUUGAAGCAUGCCUGUUUCAGCAGAUAUAAAUAAAGCAUGUGCAAUCGAAUACAACAAAAGUUUAAGAAAAUGCAUUUAGACCAAUAAUCAAGCUGUUUGGGCCAUCAACCUUGACCGUUUCAAUAAGUAAACUACAUGUGUUACUGCAAUAUAUAAAAGGCGAUGUCAUUGAUAGAGGGGAUAGGAGAUGAGGUCCUUGUGUUAUUUGCAGUCCUUUCAGUCCUGCUUUUAGCCAUUGUUGCAUGGGUCUCCACUAGCGUAGCAGACCUACCCUUUGUUAGUGUCAUCAUAUUUGAGAGAAGACAAGCACAGCAAACAGAUGAUACCACUGAACAAGUAAAUGAAGAAAAUUUGAAUACUGAAACAGUUGGAACUGAGAAUAAUGUAACAGAAAAUGAUGCAACCGAUAACCAUGAAGAAGUAGCUCAGGAUGUGGAGGAAGAGGUUAAUCAUGCCAAUGGUUCUGUUGAGCAUGAGAUAAUUGAUGGAUCAAAUAUUGAGGAUGUUAAAUUUGAGAAGGAAUCAAAUAGUGAGGACAUAAACAUAGAUAACGAUUCAAAUAUUGAGGACAAUGAAUCAAAUAUUGAAUCAUGCGAGAUUGCAGAACCGCCACAAAAUGAAAGUGAAUUGAGGCAAAGGAGAGUGGAAUUUUUUAGUCAGAAUGCAUCUGCAAGUAUACAAAGUCCUACUCUAGCUCCUCAAGCAGAUAAAACUGAAGCAGAAUCCACUCAAAACAAACAAGAUAGACAAAAUGUAACACCCACAACAAUAGCUGCCCCAACCAGUGAGAACAGUGAAAGAACAGCAUCAAGCAUUAAUAAUGAAAAUGCUAGUUUUGAAGAUGGAAUACCAGAAGGACAUAUAAAAGUUCGAAUUAAAUACCUAGAUGAACGUCAACGACAAGUAUUUGCCAAGCCUGAAACAACAAUUCAAAAUUUUCGACGUGACCAUUUCCCAGGUGAGCUGGCAGAAAAUAAAUUGGUGCGAUUCAUAUUCAAUGGUCAGGAACUGCGCAAUGACCUGGCAACCUUAGAGGCUUACAACAUUCAAGACAACAGUGCGAUCCAUUGUCUCUUAUCAGACCCACAACGGCAGAAUGAUGAACUUGUUUACCAAGAUCAGGCAGAAAUAGACUUAAGUGCGCUGAUGUUGCCUUUAUUUGGUGUUAUACUUGGUCUUGUGUGGUAUUGUCGUGUCAUGUACAGAAACUAUUUUAAUGCUACAUCAACGUUAGCCCUGGGUGGAAUAUCGAUGCUAUAUGCUUUUGCUUUGGCCUCAACAUUUAGGACAUUAAGACAACAUGAACCGCCACAUGUUCAUGUUCAUGCAGAGUGAAUGGUUCAUGAACCACCACAGAUAGAAGUUCAACUUGGAGCAAAUAACAAAUUUUGCUAACAGAGACAAUAUAUAAGUAUUUAUAUGUAUUGCACAAUAAUAAGAUUAUAUGCACUUUUUGUUUGUCAAAGUGUAUGUAUUAAAAUAAUUUAUAGUAUGUACAGUAUCACCAGUUACAAAAUGAUUCAUAAUUUCUGAAAGUUACUAAAACUUGACAAUAGACUUCAUUGAUAUGAAUUCAUGUGCUGUAGAAUAGGGCAUUGGAUCUCAUAUUUCACUUGAAUAUUCAAGGAUUGUUAUAUGCCUAUUUUUAAAGUCUCAAGUGAGACCAUUUGCUUUUUCCAGUACUUGUAAGUUCUGAUUAUUCCUGAACAUUUCGUGAAUUGAAAUUUAUUUUUGAAGUUUCUGUCUAUUCUAACAUAAUUAUGUAAUAUGAGGGAAAGGAAAGACACAUGUAUGAUUUAGAAGGUAAAUCAUGUAUGGUGAUGAAGUCUUGUUAAAUCAUGACUGACUAAUUUUAGUGUAAUAAAUCUUAAUCAGAUAAUACA